AACUACAAUGACAGUUUGUGGUAAAGUGACAGCGACAGACACCUUAGAUGUGAGGCUAUGUUUACACAAUGUUUGAAUCGCAACAAUUUUGAAUUAAAAAAUAAAUGAAACCUCACCAUGAACACUUACUUUAAACCGAAAAGAGAAAAACGUAGAGCCAGCAAAUCCGCGGAAAAGUCUGACUCCGAAAAUGAAGAAAACAUCCACGAACUCUCGUACUUUUUAGACGACAGAGUAAAACUAAUGAAAGAGGUGUUAAAAAUAAUCAAACCCAAGAAAAUAAAGACAAUGGCACCGGAUUGCAUUAAACACCUAGAUAUUGGCGAAAUAAACUCAAUGCUGCUGGAAGAACUCCUCGGAAUUUCCAACAAAAGACUCAAGUACAUUUUUAACGGACAAAACUUGGACCAAGAUAGCAGCUCGACGGACCCCGAAGACGAGAAACAACCAGACAUAAUAUCGCUCGAUGAUGUGAGUGAAGAUGACUUCAUUGUGGAAGUAGAUGGGGUUUUUGUAGACAAGUCCAAGAAGAAGAAAUCUAGUCAAAUUAAAGAAGAACCAAGAGUCAGUAAAAUCAAAAAGGAGAAAUCAAUUCAGAACAGAAAGCGCAAAGAUGGACCUCUGGAAGAAGAAAAUUUAAUGAGCGUUUUGGAGCUGUUGGAGCUGCAAGCCAGAGCCAGAGCUAUAAGAUCACAGCUGAUGCUAGAAGCCACCAAUAAAAACGCCCAAACUGAAAUUAAAAUCGAGUCAGAUUCAAACAUAAACUCAGACAGUGAUUCAGUGAUAAUUGAAGUGCCCGCGAGUCAGGAAAUCGUUAUUGAAUCAAGUGAAUCAGACAUAGAACAAAAAGACAAAUCCAGCACUAGUAACACACUUGAAACAGUUGAUAAAAAUGUGUCUGCUGACGCAGAAAACCCUAAAAAAAAGAUCACUUUGAUCAGGGACAGGUUUGAUAAACAGAAAGCGGAAGCUAGUUGUAGUCACUCUGUUGGUGAUGAAAGCACCAAAACGACGAAAGAUGUCGCUACCACGCAAAGCGGAAACGACAAGCCUAAAACCCAGGAACAGGAACCUGUCAAUGAUGAGGAUGAAAUUAUAUUGAUUGUAGAUCAAGAGGAAAUGGACGGACUAAUAGGCGAAUGAGUACAAAAAUCGAUUUAUGUAAAUCAAGUAAAAUAUAAACAGUUUCGAUCACUGAACACAUAA